AUGUCCGUCAUGGUGCUGGACCAUCUUGUGGCUUCACACAGUCCUUGCAGCCUGCCGGGUGAAGAUGUGCUGCAAGAGGUGGGUCAGGCAGCGCGGCUCCUUCGGGAGGCUUUGGGCAUGGGGUGCCCUCCGGAGAGAGCCUUCGAGGUGUGUGAAGCUUUCACGGCGGAAGUCUUGGAUCCGGUUCCAUAUCCUGCCGUGGGGAAGCAGUACAUCGUGCAUUCCCUGCCGUCCGCUCUGAUUCGUCGUGAGGAGAAUGUGGAGAGCGAUUUGCUUGGAGAGUUGCGUGGCUUGGCUUUAGCGACCUCCUCCGACGCCUGGUACUUCAGUGUUGCAG